CAAGCGAGCGAGCGGCACAGUGACAUCACGGUACAGAGAGAGCAAAGCUCUGCUCGAGCUCAGCUCAGCUGCAGAGACAAACAAGAAACGCAGGGGCGAGCCAAGAUGAUGCUCGCGUACAUGGACCACGCCACCGCGGCCACGGAGCCGGACGCCGGCGCCGAGCCGACCGUGGCCGCCGUCGACGCGGCCGAGUGCGCGGCGGCGAGAGACUUCGGCGGCCUCGUGAGCGCCCGCCCUGCCGCCGUCGUCCGCCCGGCGAGCGCGGACGACGUGGCAAGCGCCAUCCGCGCGGCGGCGCGCACGGCGCACCUGACCGUGGCCGCGCGCGGGAACGGCCACUCGGUGGCCGGGCAGGCCAUGGCCCGGGGCGGCCUCGUCCUCGACAUGCGCGCCCUCCCGCGCCGCAUGCAGCUCGUCGUCGCCCCGUCCGGCGAGAAGUUCGCCGACGUCCCCGGCGGCGCGCUCUGGGAGGAGGUGCUCCACUGGGCAGUGUCGAAGCACGGGCUCGCCCCCGCCUCCUGGACGGACUACCUCCGCCUCACCGUCGGCGGCACGCUCUCCAACGGCGGCGUGAGCGGGCAGUCCUUCCGUUACGGCCCACAGGUGUCGAACGUGGCCCAGCUCGAGGUGGUGACGGGCGACGGCGAAUGCCACGUCUGCUCCCGCUCCGCCGACCCCGACCUCUUCUUCGCCGUCCUCGGCGGGCUUGGCCAGUUCGGCGUCAUCACCCGCGCCCGCAUCCCCCUCUCCCCGGCGCCACAGACGGUGCGGUGGACGCGGGUGGUGUACGCGAGCUUCGCGGACUACGCGGCGGACGCGGAGUGGCUGGUGACGCGGCCAGCCCACGAGGCGUUCGACUACGUUGAGGGCUUCGCGUUCGUGCGCAGCGACGACCCCGUCAACGGCUGGCCAUCGGUGCCCAUCCCCGACGGCGCCCGCUUCGACCCGUCCCUCCUCCCCGCCGGCGCCGGCCCGGUGCUCUACUGCCUGGAGGUCGCCCUGUACCAGCAGCACCACCACCACGACAUGGACAAGAGGGUGGGGGAGAUGAUGCAGCAGCUCAAGUACGUGCGGGGCCUGGAGUUCGCGGCGGGGGUCGGGUACGUGGAGUUCCUCUCGCGCGUGAACCGGGUGGAGGACGAGGCCCGCCGCAACGGGAGCUGGGCCGCGCCGCACCCCUGGCUCAACCUCUUCAUCUCCUCCCGCGACAUCGCCGCCUUCGACCGCGCCGUCCUCAACGGCAUGCUCGCCGACGGCGUCGACGGGCCCAUGCUCAUCUACCCCAUGCUCAAGAACAAGUGGGACCCGGCCACGUCGGUGGCGCUGCCGGAGGGCGAGAUCUUCUACCUGGUAGCGCUGCUCCGAUUCUGCCGGCCCUACCCUGGUGGUGGCCCGCCGGUCGCCGAGCUGGUGGCGCAGAACAAGGCAAUCAUUGACGCCUGCCGGUCCAACGGCUACGACUACAAGAUAUACUUCCCGAGCUACCGCGCCCAGUCCGACUGGGCGCGCCACUUCGGCGCCAGGUGGACCCGGUUCGUGGAGCGCAAGGCGCGGUACGACCCGCUCGCCAUCCUGUCGCCCGGCCAGAACAUCUUCCCCAGGACCCCCUCCUCCGUCUCCAUCUCCGCCGUCGUCGCCCCCACCACCGCCGCCGUGACCGUGUAAGCUGCCGGCCGGUGAUCGAUGAUCCAUGAUGGUGAUUAUGCUGUUGCUGGUUCUGGAUGAUGGCGACGACGAUGAUGAUGAUGAGGAUGAUCGCGACGAGCACAAUGAUGAUGAUGAUAGGGUCAUUAUUAGGUACAAUUGGGGGGAUUGGGUGCAAAAGGGGUGGUGGUUCGAUCGGAUGGACGUAUCAAGGGGCUCUGCUGCAGGAGUGGCGAAGGAAAACGAAAGAUGUAACCCUUUUCCUGCUCAUUCUUUCUUCUCCUCAUUCCCCUUGGUGAGAUUGGGAUGCUCUCGACGGUGACACACAUCUCGUCUCGUCGUUUGGGUUAAAAAAAAACCUUUUUUUUCCUUCUUCCAAAAAUCCACUUGUAAUUGUUGCCAUCUGUGCUAGCAUCUCCUCCUCC